UUCAUUUUACCAAAUGUGGUAUUAGUAAUAUCCAGUGUUCAAUGGUGUAACAAAGAGCAUCUUUACUUAAACAAAAUGGUAUAUCUCUUAAUAUGGAUAUGUGUAAUAGGUAUUUAUAUACAAACACCGGAAUGCUGCGAGGAUAAAUGGGUUGCGUACGACAGACUUGGAGUAUGCUACAGACUAUAUACAACGCCAAGAUUAGAAUGGGUAGACGCUAAAGACUUUUGCUCAAAACAAGACGCGGAACUUACAGAUUUAUAUGACUACACAGAGCAAAUGUUUGUAAAAGAUAACUUGGUAAGAAGAAUCAGAGCACAUGGUGUCUGGAUAGGAAUAUCUGAUGAUGGAGAUGAAGGUGACUGGAGAUGGGUAAAUAAUUCACGAGCAAACAUAGACAGAUUCGAGUGGUGGCCAGGAAACCCAGACAAUGCCAAUGUUGAAGAUGGGUUCUUUGAUUCAUUCUUUGGGGAAGACUGUGUAGAGAUUAGUCUUAAAUCAAAAUAUCGUGGCCAAUUAAAUGAUUAUAGUUGCGACGAAAGAAUGCCAUUUAUAUGCAAGAAGAAAGGUAAGCCUGGAAAGUUAAGUAUAAGGCAGACUAGUAGGUCGUAUCUACUUCCUGUAUGUUUGUUUGUUUCAUUUUACGCCUUUUCCCAACAGUAUUUCAGUCAUAUAAGCGGGUAGUUUCCUAACCAUCGUUCCUGGAGAGUUACACCAGUACUAGACUACCUUUCUCCGUGCUAAACUACCAAAGCAUCUCCCGGGGAUCGAACCCAUAAACUUUCUACAAUGAU